AUGGUUAACUUCACCGUCGACGAGAUCCGUGGCCUCAUGGACAAGCCCACCAACAUCCGUAACAUGUCCGUCAUUGCCCACGUCGACCACGGAAAGUCCACCCUUACCGACUCGCUCGUUUCCAAGGCCGGUAUUAUCGCCGGUGCCAAGGCCGGUGACACUCGUUUCAUGGACACCCGUGAUGACGAGAAGGAGCGUGGUAUCACCAUCAAGUCUACCGCCAUCUCCAUGUACUUCCCCAUGGACAAGGAGGCCCUCGACGCCAUCGCCCAGAAGAAGGACGGUAACGAGUUCUUGAUCAACCUCAUUGACUCGCCCGGUCACGUUGACUUCUCCUCCGAGGUUACCGCCGCUCUCCGUGUCACGGACGGUGCCCUUGUCGUUGUCGACUGUAUCGAGGGUGUCUGUGUCCAGACCGAGACCGUGCUUCGUCAGGCCCUGACCGAGCGUAUCAAGCCCGUCGUCUGCUUGAACAAGGUCGACCGUGCUCUUCUCGAGCUCCAGGUCGGCAAGGAGGACCUCUACCAGUCCUUCAUGCGUACCAUUGAGUCCGUUAACGUCGUCAUCGCCACCUACAACGACCCCGUCCUCGGUGAGAGCCAGGUCUACCCCGAGAAGGGUACCGUUGCCUUCGCCUCCGGUCUCCACGGCUGGGCCUUCACCCUCCGCCAGUUCGCCAACCGCUACGCCAAGAAGUUCGGUGUCGACAAGGACAAGAUGAUGGUCAAGCUCUGGGGCGACAACUUCUUCAACCCCAAGACCAAGAAGUGGACCACCAAGGACACUGACGCUGACGGCAAGCCCCUCGAGCGUGCCUUCAACAUGUUCGUCCUCGACCCCAUCUUCCGUGUCUUCGACGCCAUCAUGAACUUCAAGAAGGACGAGAUCCCCAAGAUCCUCGAGAAGCUCGACGUCAAGCUUACCCAGGACGAGCAAGACCUCGAGGGCAAGCAGCUCCUCAAGGUCGCCAUGCGCAAGUUCCUCCCCGCCGGUGACGCCCUCCUCGAGAUGAUUGUCAUCCACCUCCCCUCGCCCGUUACCGCCCAGCGCUACCGUGUUGAGACCCUCUACGAGGGUCCCCUCGACGACGAGUCCGCCAUCGGUAUCCGUGACUGUGACCCCAAGGGCCCCCUCAUGCUCUACGUCUCCAAGAUGGUCCCCACCUCGGACAAGGGUCGUUUCUACGCCUUCGGCCGUAUCUUCUCCGGUACCGUCAAGUCGGGCCCCAAGAUCCGCAUCCAGGGUCCCAACUACACCCCCGGUAAGAAGGAGGACCUUUUCGUCAAGUCGAUCCAGCGUACCGUGCUCAUGAUGGGUCGUUACGUCGAGCCCAUCGAGGAUUGCCCUGCCGGUAACAUUCUCGGUCUCGUCGGUGUCGACCAGUUCUUGCUCAAGUCCGGUACCCUCACCAGCUCCGAGACGGCCCACAACCUCAAGGUCAUGAAGUUCUCCGUCUCACCCGUCGUGCAGGUCGCCGUCGAGGUCAAGAACGCCAACGACUUGCCCAAGCUCGUCGAAGGUCUCAAGCGUCUCUCCAAGUCCGACCCCUGUGUCCAGGCUUGGAUCGCCGAGACUGGUGAGCACAUUGUCGCCGGUGCCGGUGAGCUCCACCUCGAGAUCGUCCUCAAGGAUCUCGAGGAGGACCACGCCCAGAUCCCCCUCAAGAUCUCGGACCCCGUCGUUGGUUACCGUGAGACCGUCCAGGCCGAGUCGUCCAUGGUCGCCCUCUCCAAGUCGCAGAACAAGCACAACCGUCUCUUUGUCAAGGCUAUGCCCAUUGAGGAGGAGCUCUCCAAGCUCAUCGAGGCCGGCAAGAUGACCCCCCGUGACGACUUCAAGGCCCGCGCCCGUAUCCUCGCCGACGAGUACGGCUGGGACGUCACCGACGCCCGUAAGAUUUGGUGCUUCGGUCCCGAGACCACCGGCCCCAACCUGCUGGUCGAUGUCACCAAGGGUGUCCAGUACCUCAACGAGAUCAAGGACUCGUGUGUCGCCGCCUUCCAGUGGGCCACCAAGGAGGGUGUCUGCGCCGAGGAGCCCAUGCGUGGUACCCGAUUCAACAUCCUCGAUGUUACCCUCCACACUGACGCCAUCCACCGUGGUGGUGGACAGCUGAUCCCCACGUGCCGUCGUGUCUGCUACGCCGCCGCUCUGCUCGCCCAGCCCGGUAUCCAGGAGCCCGUCUACCUCGUCGAGAUCCAGUGCCCCGACUCUGGUCUCGGUGGUAUCUACUCGUGCCUCAACAGGCGUCGUGGUCACGUCUUCUCCGAGGAGCCCCGUGUCGGUACCCCCAUGGUCACCGUCAAGGCCUACCUCCCCGUCAACGAGUCGUUCGGUUUCAACGCCGAUCUCCGCCAGGCCACCUCCGGCCAGGCUUUCCCCCAGUCCGUCUUCGACCACUGGCAGCUCCUCCCCGGCACUCCCCUCGAGCCCGGUAAGACCCUCGACAUCGUCACUGCUAUCCGCAAGCGCAAGGGUCUCAAACUCGAGGUCCCGGCAUUGGAUCACUACAACGACAAGCUCUAA